UUUUACCUCGCCCCGCAUCCGACAACCACACUGACGUACUUGCAGCAUUGCACCCUCUGUUAACAUUGUUACCAUUACUGAUCAACAUGGCGUCCGCUGCUUGCAUUUUCUGCAGAAUAAUCAAGGGUGAAAUCCCGGCCUUCAAGCUUUACGAGAGCGAUAAGGUGCUAGCCUUCCUCGAUAUUCAGCCUCUUAGUUCUGGUCACGCACUCGUGAUUCCGAAAUACCACGGUGCAAAACUUAUCGAUAUCCCCGACGAUACUCUCACUGAAAUCUUGCCCAUUGCAAAGAGGAUCGCCAAAGCAACUGGUGCAGAGAACUACAACAUCUUGCAGAAUAAUGGCCGCUUAGCGCACCAAUUUGUCGAUCAUGUUCACUUCCAUGUGAUCCCUAAACCCAACGAGGAACAAGGUCUCGGUGUGGGUUGGCCCAUGCAGGAAACAAACAUGGAGAAGCUGAAGGCCCUGCAAGAGCAACUUCAGCCAAAGGUUUAAGUAUUCCUUGGCUUCCUCCUUAACUGAAUGCAUCAAGUCCAAUACGGAGAAUUGGAAUGUUGAUAUUCUUCUCUUCGGGGUCGAAAACAUAGCUAGCUGUAUGAAAAAAUUGAGCCGCUG